AUGACCUCUUCCUGCAGCUCGUCCACCUUCACCUCCUCCAUGAGCUCCACCAAGUAUCCUAAGGUGGCUCAGGGCUUGGCAAGGAGCGCAGAGGAGCACUCUGGGGUUCAAUGUAAGACCUCCGCUGUGGUGGAGUCCUUCAACCAGGUACAAAAAUCCCCCCAAAUCCCAGAGGGAGAGUCUGUCCCAGAUUUUGAAGUGAAGCUACGGCCCAUCACUGCCCAAGAGGGUGACAAUGCUGCAUUCAAGGCAAAUGUGACUGGGAAUCCACAGCCCAGUGUGAGCUGGGAGCGAGCUAGUGGGUUCCCACUGUCUGUGGCAACAAAAUCUUCCCAUGACAACAUCGACUAACAGCAUAUACUGAAGAUCAAAAAUCUGACCUUGGAGGAUGCCGAUGUCUACAAGUGCACUGCCUCCAACAAGCACAGAGAUGCUGCCUUCUCCAUAUCACUCAGUGUUACAGAAAAACCACCAAUGGACUUCAAAAAGAUGCUGGAGAAGCAGCAGGAGCACACGCAUAGGUAUGGAGAAGAGAAGAAGAAGCCACCUACAGAGGAGGAGAUGUUAAAGAUCCUGGCUGGAGCUGACAAGAAGGACUGGGGGAUCUGUGCCAAGUAUGGCUUCAGCAACAUCAGAGGCAUUCUCAAGAAGUUCAAGGAGAUGAAGAAGAAAGUGGAGGUGGAGAUGGUGCGUGUCUUGAAGCCCCUGGAAGACAUCACUGCCAAAGUUGACAUCGUGUUCAACACUGUCUUGGAACUGAAGGAUCCAAACAUCAGGAUCAGUGGUUUUUGGUAAAGCACAUCAGUUUUCUGGUUCAGUGGCGCAGAGCUGCAGUGGGUCCAGUACUCUCAUGGGAAAUAUGAAGUGAAACUGAUGGGAACUAAGCACAUGCUAUGCAUUUCUUGCGUGCACCUGAGUGACAUGGGCACCUACACUCUGCAGGUUGGAGACAAGAGACUUUCGGCAUCUUUAUCUCAUUCAAAUGAACUGCUUAAAGUCGUGUCUGACUUAAAGCCAAAAAAGGUAAAUGAGCGACAGACUGCUGUGUUUGAGGUCCAUCUUUCCAAGAAAACAGAUCGACCCCUAAUCUGGAAGGUUAGUGAAAAGGAGAGGGAAAGAGAUGAAAAGUCUGAUGUCUCUCUGUAUGAGGAUGACCUCACCUACACCUUAAAGAUUAAGGAUAUGAAAGCCAUUGACACUGGAAAGCAUUCCCAUCAAGUUUACCAGAAUGUCUGUGUGCAUGAGAGAAGCACAGCCCGCCUGGAGUGUGAGAUGAGCUCCAAGGACGUGCACAUUCACUGGCUGAAGGAUGGGCGUGAUAUCACAGCAAGCGGGCGCUACAUCUUCAUGCGUGAGGGGAAAAGGGCUGAGGUUAUUAUAGAAGAGUGUCAGCUGGCUGAUGAGGGAGAGUACUCUGUUGUCUGCACUCAGGACAACGAUGCACACGAAUAUGUCAAGUCUGCUAAAGUCACUGUGGCUGAGUGUUUUGCCUCACUGAAGAGUGGUAUGUCAGAUGUUCAGUGUUCGACAGGGUCCCCUGCAGAGCCGAGUGUUGUUCUUGCUGAUGAGAAGGUGGAUGGAGUAUGGCUGAAGGAUGGGGUGGAGUUUUCGAAGCUGAAUGGAGUUCAGGUGGUAAAACAGGGAGCUGUGCACAAACUAAUUUUCUCUGGUGUGAAUGAGUCCCAUGAGAGCAAGUACACAUUCAGAGCUAAAGGGGCUGAAAGUGAGGCUGUGCCCAGUAUUGCAGGUUACAUCUGGUAUUACAAAGGCAAAUCAGAUCCUAAGCUUACCUGGUAUGAGGAUGGUGUGAAGGUUAUGGAGGAUGAGAGGACCAAGGUGGAGCAGACAGAUAAUAGCACCUCAUUGGUGCUUAACCGCCCAAAGCCUCCUCAAGGGAAAGUUGAGUUUCUUGAGCCGUAAGAGAAGUGUAUCAAGAUGAAAUGGAAGGCUCGAAGUGACAACGGGGGUAAGCAGGUCACCAGUUUUGUGAUCGAUCGCUGUAUGGUAGGCAAGAGGUCCUGGAACAGGGUUGGAGAAGUGGAUAGUAGCAUUAAUGCCUUCACUGAUGAUAAAGUGGAGGAGGGCCAUGCAUACUAGCAUUGCAUCAGAGCCAUCAAUGAAGAGGGAAUGAGUGACCCUCUGGAGACAGAGGAGGCCAUGGUGGAGAGCCCAUAGGUGAAGCCUCCAGGUACAGCAUCACAGCCUCAUGUGUCUAAUUUAACUAAGAACACCAUGACAGUGAGUUGGAGUCCUCCAGCCAGUGAUGGAGGAGCUUCAGUUCACGGCUACAUCUGUGAACUGAGGAGAAAUAAAGGCUGCAAAUCCAUAAGGAGCUACUCACUGCAACUAGUGAGGAACCUGAAUGUAUCUGAUUCCACAAACUCCUCCGUUUCUCUAAAGUGGACUCCUCCAUGCCAAGGAGAUGAGCAUCAAGGAGAUGCUAAGACGUGGAGGAAAGCCACUAAGAUCCCUGUCUCCUGUACUGCCUUCACAGUGGUGGGACUUCAGGAGCAGAUGAGGUACCACGUCCGAGGAUGUAAUAACUGUACCUCGAAACACAAACCACAAACAUCCAGUCAGACACAUUUAUAUCCAAGAUGGCAUUCUCACACAGGAAGACAGGUCAUCACAAACACCAAGAAUCACUCCCAGUCAUUCACGUCUUCCACUCAGCAACUUGACUCUGGCAUUGUUCUCCUGAAGAAUAACUAUGGAGAGGCUCACUAUAAAGUCCAUGUCAAGGUUAUAGAUGUUCCCCAACCGCCAAACAACCUCCAGUUGGUGGAGGAGAUCCUGGACACAGUGGCUCUGCAAUGGGAUCACACCCGUGACCUGGCUGAUGAGGAUCAGGCAACACAUUGUACAGCUUCCUGGUUUACUGUGACCGAGUGUGUUUUCAUUAGCAAGUACACUGUUACUGGACUGCUUCCAGGAAGGAAGUACUAUUUUAGGGUCACUGCACAGAAUUCAGUCGGUGACAGGGAUCCCUUAGAUUCAAAGCAACCUUUCAUCAUCGCCAAGGAGAAAGAGAGCAUCAACAGCCUUCAGGGGAAGGAAUAUGCAUUACCUCAAAGUCAUGUUAAACUUACUUUCCUGCUGCCGCUGAAGGACUAAGCCGUUCUCAAAGGACAUGACUGCAACAUGAGCUGUGCCUAACAGGGGCUGCCAACUCCACUGGCUUGCUGGUAUCAAGGGGAAUCCAUGAUCUCUGAUUCCACUCACUUUUGGCACCGCACAGUUAAUGGAGUGUGCACUCUAGUCAUCCCCACUUGUGGAGCUCAAGACAAUGUAGAAUACACUCUGGUGCUGGAAAACCCUCUGGGGAUGGUCAAGUGUACCUGUAACCUAGUAGUGUAUGAUAAAGAUGACAAGGGUCUGCUGGAGAGCUUCCUGACUAAUCAGAAAAACAAAGAGAUGCUUAUUUUGGAAGGAGUGUCCAGUUCUUCCAGAAUAGCUUGUUUCACGGGACUCCGCAUCAGGCCACCUAUUUAA